AUGGGCAAUAAAUCCUCAAAAUCUAGACCAACUAAUAUAUUAAGGCCUCGAAAGCCUUCCAAAAAUAUUUUUCGAUCCGUUCAUGGUAGAAGAUUUCAUAACGAUGUAAAUUCAAAGUAUAUACUGCCGAACGAUGACGAAGAAGUUGAUAGACUUCAGUUGCAGCAUUUUCUUUAUCGAACUAUAUGGAAUGGUAAUUAUUCUGCCCCAGUAGCCGAAAUUCUUGAACAUGGUAAUUGCAAUGUUCUUGAUGUCGGGUUCAUUGGGAUAGACAUUUCUCCAAUGUUUCCGACUGGUAUAAAACCUUCAAACUUGACUUUCCAUACAGCCAAUGUCUUAAAAGGCCUACCAUUCCCCGACAAUCAUUUCGAUUUCGUUUACAUGCGAUUCCUAAUAAUAGCGUUUACCGAAGAAGAAUGGAACACGGUAAUUGAUGAAUUAAUCAGAGUAGUGAAACCUGGUGGUUGGAUAGAAUUAAUGGAGGGCAAUAUGGAAUUUGAAGGAGAAGGUGCUUGCGCGCAAGUUUUAAUGGAUGCUUUUAGAUCGAUACUUCUUUCGAAUUCUAUGAACCCACAAAUCUGUUCUCAAAUAUUCAAAUACCUUUCAACUUCAUCAACGUUAAAAAAUUUCUCGUUUGAAGAAAGAUUAACACCAAUCGGCACGUGGGCUGGUAAAAUUGGUGAAAUUGCAAGUCAAGAUUUUUGUUCUUUAUGGUUAGCAAUGAAAGGUGCAAUAUGUCAUGUACUUGAAGAAAAAAAAGUAAUUAGGGGUUGUAGUUGUACUAAAGAGUAUCAUUCUGAAAAUGUGAUUUCUGAAAAAGGAUGUAAAAGUAUUUGUGAUUAUGAAAAUAGAUUGAAUGAAGAAUAUGACGAGUUGGUUAAAGAGAUUAUUUGUGAAUGUAAUGAAGAAAAAGCAAAUUAUAGACAUUACAGAUUUUUUGCACAAAAAAUUUGA